ACCUGUUCUCAUCAGCCCCUCCAUGAGCGGCCGCUUUGCCUUGCCCUUCCUCAUGGCACGGGGGGACCGUCUGGCCGGCUUCGUGGCUGUGGCACCCGUGGGCACCAAGGACUACACCAGCAAGCAGUACCAGUGGGUGCAGACGCCCACCCUGAUCCUCUACGGUGACCGCGACACCAGGCUGGCUCCCCAGGCCCUGCAGAGCCUCCGUCACCUCCCUGGGCACCGCGUGGCCGUGGUGGCCGGCGCUGGCCAUGCCUGCUACCUGGACAAGCCCGAGGGCUUCCACCGGGCGCUGCUGGGCUUCCUGCACCAGCUCAAGCAUUGCAGCCCCAGGCCCUGCCAUGGCACCUGGGAAGCCCGGGAAGAGCACGGGGGCUUCAGAGAACCCCUCCGUUACGCUUUUCCGGGAGUACCUGAAGAUCGACACUGUCCACCCCAAACCUGACUAUGAUGCAGCUGUGCAGUUUCUGGAGCGCGUUGGCACCGACCUGGGCUUGGCCUGCCAGAAAGUGGAGGUGUGCCAGGGCCACGUGGUGCUCAUCUUGACCUGGCAGGGCACGAACCCCCGCCUGCGCUCCAUCCUCCUGAACUCCCACACUGACGUCGUGCCUGUCUUCGAGGAGCACUGGACCUACCCACCCUUCGAGGCUGUUAAGGACUCGCAAGGCAACAUCUAUGCCCGGGGUGCCCAGGACAUGAAAUGUGUCUCCAUCCAGUAUCUCGAGGCCAUCCGAAGGCUCAAGGCAGAGGGAAAGUGUUUUGCCCGCACCAUCCACCUCACCUUUGUGCCUGACGAGGAGGUGGGUGGACACAAGGGCAUGGAGAUGUUUGUGCAACGCCCCGAAUUCAGAGCACUCAACGUAGGCUUCGCCCUGGAUGAAGGCUUAGCCAGCCCAUCUGACACCUUCAGCGUCUUCUACGGAGAGAGGAGCCCAUGGUGGAUAAAGGUGAAGUGCAUGGGCAGCCCUGGACACGGCUCCCGCUUCAUCAGCAACACGGCUGCCGAGAAGAUGCACAAAGUCAUCAGCUCCUUCCUGGCCUUCAGGGAGAGUGAGAAGCAGAGGCUCAAGUCCGACUCAAGCCUGACCCUAGGGGACGUCACCUCGCUCAACCUCACCAUGCUGGAGGGGGGCGUCUCCUUCAACGUGGUGCCCUCAGAGAUGGCAGCCAGCUUUGACAUCCGCAUCCCACCCACUGUGGACCUGAAGGCCUUUGAGGAGCAGGUGGCCGCUUGGUGCCGAGGUGCUGGAGAUGGUGUCACCUAUGAGUUUCACCAGAAAUGCAUGGACCAACACAUCACCUCCACCGAGGAGUCGGACCCGUGGUGGAAAGCCUUCAGCGGGGUCUGCAGGGACAUGAAGCUGCAGCUGAAGCUUGAGAUCUUCCCAGCUGCCACCGAUAGCCGCUACAUCCGAGCGGCAGGACGCCCUGCUAUCGGCUUCUCGCCCAUGAACUGCACCCCGGUGCUGCUCCACGACCACAACGAGUUCCUCAAUGAGCAAAUCUUCCUGCGGGGCAUCGACAUCUACGCCCGCCUCCUGCCCGCCCUGGCAUCCGUGCCCCCGCUGCCCGCUGAGGGCUGAGUGCCGCCGUGAGGAGCAGGAUGGGGGCUGCCGAGAAGCAGGACACGAGGCACAGCGGGCACAGCAAGUGCCUGCCAGCGCGCGGGGGACACCGAUGGUAUCGUGCCACUUUGGCUGUGCUCAGGGUUGGCCCGACAGUGAUGUUUGCACCCUUAAAACCUGGGUCCCAGCCACUCCCUUGGGGAUUGUGUCCCCCGUGCCUGGGUGCCAGCAGAGCCCCAUGCCCAGGUGCCUCCAUUCCCUGUGUGCAGUGCCUCCCCUGUCCCUGUGCCAUCUCCGGCUGUGCUGGCUGGUGCCCUGCUCUGCCUGCCCGUGCCUUGUCCUGCUUCCCUGCCCGCUUGCCCCGGGAGCUGGGACCAGCGCUGCCUAUCCUCACCGUGCAAGUCAAUAAAUUUCCUUGGGAAGCACGGCCAGGAGUGGGUGGGUUUGUCUCCGUGGUGGUCUCCCGUGGGCUCGGGGAGCCCAGGCAUGGAUGGCAGAUGGCUUUGGUAUGAUGGGGUCUGCUGGGGUGCUCCCUGCUCCUCUGGAUUCCGUGAGCUGAAGGUGGUGCCGCGGGCAGGAUCCUGCCUGGACAGGCUGUGGAGCUGCUCCUUGGGGACUUCUGGUCCAGAGGAGAGCAACACAGCUGGGGAAGGGACUGGAGAACAAGCGUUAUGAGGAGCAGCUGAGGGAACAGGGGUUGCUUAGCCUGGAGAAAAGGAAGCUGGGGGGACACCUCAUCACUGUCUAUGACUGCCUGAAAAGAGGUUGUAGUGAGGUGGGUUUGAUCUUCUCCCAAGUAACAGCAAUAGGACGAGAGGAAAUGGCCUCGAGUUGCACCAGGGCAGGUUCAGAUUGGAUAUCUGGAGAAAUGUCUUCACCAGAAGGAUUCUCAGGCGCUAGAAUGACUGCCCAGGGAGGUGGUUGAGUCCCCAUACCAGGAGGUGUUCAAAAGAUGGGCAGAUGAAGUGCUCAGGGAUGUGGUUUAGUAGCGGACAGGUACAGUUAGGCUCGAUCUCAAAGCUCUUUUCCAACCAAGCGAUU